AUGCUCAAGUUCGUUCCAAUGUCCAUCGACCUCAAGUACAUUUGGUUUAUCGUGGUCCUCACAAAAGGAAUUUUCAACUUUGCCAUUUUCUGCAUACGGCACCGUGAAUUGAGAAGAAUUGUGGUGAAGAUGCUGACAAGACGUGCUGGAUCUAGAAGCGACUCCGAUGGACAACCUGUACGCGUCAAGGCGAGGCAAGACAAA